AUGUGUGUUGUGUUCGCCUUUCACAGCUGUGUGAUGCGGAGAGAUUAAGGAGAUUAAAAAACAACCACCCAAACCUCUCUAUGCAUCACCUGUCAGGAAGCUGUUGUUGCCUGUUCAGGAAUCCUGCUUGAACAAAAGGAAGCCUCCCCGCCUGCUGUUUUUGAGAGGUGCCUGAGCCAGCUGUGUGGGUGUGUGGCCUGAUUCGCAUGCCCAGACCAGGAGGGAACAGCAUCUUAGGCCUCGUCUACAAGGAGCAGGUUUGAGGUGGUGGCUUGCCAAGGUGGAAUGCACCACUUCAGUUUGCGGGUGAAGGAUUGGAUUUUUGGAGCCCCCCCCCCCUGUGGGAAAAGGCCCUUCCAAAUAGAAGACCAAUCUAGCAAGCAGAGGGUUGUCCUACAACCUUUUCCCCUGAUGUGAUAGGUUUCUGUUUACAGGGAGUCUUUUUAAACCAAGCGUUUGCCUGCAGUCCAAAGUGGUACAGGCUAUUAUACUGCAGGUGGAGACCAAACCCUUUCUCUUUUGUUCUGAUGAUUUGUAUGGGGGAAGUAAUAGGGAGAUUCCAAUUGGCUUGUAAGGAACAUGUCAGGAGGGGCUGGAUUAUAGUAAUGAUCUGAAGAAAAUGGAGUGUGCGCUGUGAUUUGUGUGAUAACCCAAUUCCACAGAAUGCUAAGGUGAUGAGGGAGUCAGUGUAUGUGUGCUGAAGUAUUAAUGGAUCUCUCUUAGUUGAACCAUUCUUGUCUUACAGGCUAUGAUUCCUUUGAAACAAUGAAUUGGUAUCUUGCCUUAAUAAUCUAGUUUUGUCAAUGUGCAUUUUUAAUUAUUUUAUUUAAAUCAUUUCUAUGCUGCUUUAUGUAUUUUUUGAAACAAUCUUAAAGUGGUGUAAAACUUACCUUAAAACAUCAAAUAGAACAUUUCAAAUUAAAACAUUGCAAAUUAAAGUCAAGUGCAGAAUACACAUUUAAAGCAGCAUGAUUAACAGGAAAACAAAAAUCUUCCCUUAAAUUUUAAAAAACCCAUUCCAAAUAAAAAAUGCAGUAAUACAGUAAAACUUCAUAUAUACAGCAUCAUUAGCAACUAAACAAAAUAAUUGAAAUGAAAUCUGCACCUGUGCUUCCUCUACCCCAGUAACAUCUCGCAAGUAUAUCCAUAGCAAUUUUCUAUUGCAAUAAUAAUAUUAUAAUAAUUUAUUAUUUAUACCCCGCCCAUCUGGCUGGGUUUCCCCAGCCACUCUGGGCGGCUUCCAACAGAAAAAUAAAAUACAGUAAUCUAUUAAACAUUACAAAAGCGUCCCUAAACAGGGCUGCCUUCAGAUGUCUUCUAAAAGUCUGGUAGUUGUUUUUCUCUUUGACAUCUGAGGGCAUUCCACAGGGCGGGCGCCACUACCGAGAAGGCCCUCUGCCUAGUCCCCUGCAACUUGGCUUCUCGCAACGAGGGAACUGCCAGAAGGCCCUCGGUGCUGGACCUCAGUGUCCGGGCAGAACGAUGGGGGUGGAGACGCUCCUUCAGGUGUACUGGACCGAGGCCAUUUAGGGCUUUAAAAGUCAGCACCAACACUUGUGCUCGGAAACGAAUUGGGAGCCAAUGUUGCAAGCCUCUCUCUGCAUUCCUACCAACCAUACAGAUAGCACAGCUAACACUUAGCCAACCUUUUCUCACCAAGCAAACGCCUUGUAGCAGAUUAUACCUUUUUUACUUUGAGCUAAUCAAACCUGGAUGUUCCUUAUACCACCCUGGUUUUUCCUCCACCACCACCUUUGUGUGUUAAACACAUGUAGAUGGAAGCAUGAUGAAAGAGGAUGUGGGGCUGUAUGUUUAGCCUUGUCUCAAAGUCAUACUGCUGUUCUGCCCCCACUGCUGCCACAUUGAGCAUAUCAGCUCAGGGUUUUAGCCCAACUCUCUGGAGCAGAUUUGGGCAUAGGAGGAAGAGAAAGGAAUUAUAAUUGUGCAAGCAGCAGUUAUUCUGCUCAUGCAAUGACUUAGCUGGAUUCAGUUCCAUAGCAGCAGCUUGCUUGGUCUACUAAAGAAAAAAGUGUACAGUUAAAGGAUUACUAAAAGAUCUGUUUGUUCAUAUGUAUUAUGAUAGGUUUUAUAUGAAGAUUAGUUUUUUUAAAAAUUGUGGAUGUUGAUAAUUUAAAAGAAACAAGAUUUGCAUUUUGAAUGCAAUAUACUCUACAUUUGGCUUUUUUAAUAGACUUAGAUGGAAUUUUCACUUUCAUAAGGUACAGUAUUUCUAGAGCAUCCUAAUUACUGCCAGUCUUUAUUAAUUUUUUAAGCUGACAUACUUAUCAAAUGUACAUGACUUACGUAUUUAUGAAAUGGAUAUGAUACGUGGUGAUUUUUAAUUAUGUUUUCUUACCAUUGGGUGUAUAUGCUAAAUUUAAUAAAAGAUUAGAGAAAGUUACUGAGUUGAAAGGUCAUCUUAUUUAAAACUGUUCCUGGAUCUCUUUCAGGGCAAUGUUUUGCACAAGCAACAGGAGCAAAAGCUACUUUCUUGCUAUUAGCCUACUUCUCUAGUGAUGAAUGGCAUGCCAUUGUUCCACUGCUGCUGAGACCUGGAGUGUGUCAGUAUCUUUAGAGUCCUUGGACCACUAUGGCAACGAGCUACACACCUCCAUUUGAUGACCCCGGGGAGGUGAGAGAGGGUUUUCUAUGCCCCCUUUGUCUGAAGGAUCUGCAAUCAUUUUAUCAGCUUCAGUCUCAUUAUGAAGAAGAACAUUCAAGUGAAGAUAAAGAUGUUAAAGGACAACUCAAAAAUCUGGUCCAAAAAGCUAAAAAAGCAAAGAAUAAAUUGUUGAAACGAGAAGAUGACCGAACUGAUGGAGGGCCUCAGGAACGAUAUGAGUCUUACAGCUAUGGUGGAGUGGAUCCAUAUAUGUGGGAGCCCCAAGAAUUAGGUGCUACGAAGAGCCAUCUUUCUGAUUUUAAGAGACACAGAGCAGCCAGAAUUGAUCACUAUGUUGUGGAAGUCAAUAAAUUAAUAAUCAGGUUAGAAAAGCUUACAUCCUUUGACCGAACCAAUACAGAUUCUGCAAAGAUAAGAGCAAUAGAGAAGUCUGUUGUGCCUUGGGUUAAUGAUCAGGAUGUGCCAUUUUGUCCAGACUGUGGUAACAAGUUCAGCAUAAGGAACAGACGUCACCACUGCCGCCUUUGUGGGUCUAUCAUGUGCAAGAAAUGCAUGGAACUGGUCAGCCUCCCAUUUGCAAGCAAACUCACCACUGCUAGCAAGGAAGCCUUGGCCUCUCAUACUAGCCCAAACUGCUCACCCAACAGCAUUCAAGGCUCUCGCCGUGGCAGCAUCAGUAGUGUGAGCAGUGUGAGCUCUGUCUUGGAUGAAAAAGAUGACGAUCGCAUCCGCUGUUGUAGACAUUGUAAAGACACUCUGCUUAAAAGAGAGCAACAGAUUGAUGAGAAAGAGUACACACCAGAUAUCGUGAAACUUUAUGAGAAACUCCGACUUUGCAUGGAAAAGGUUGACCAGAAGGCCCCAGAAUACAUAAAGAUGGCGGAAUCAUUAAAUGUUGGGGAGACAACUUACAGUCUGGAACAUGCUUACAGUCUUAGGAUGGAGGUGCAAAAAAUGUAUGAGUUAAUAGAUGCUCUAAGCAAGAAGAUUCUGACUCUGGGACUGAAUGAAGAGCCACAACCUCAUCCCCGAACAUUGCAGCUUCAGAGAAUGAUCAGAUAUUCAGCCACACUUUUUGUUCAGGAAAAAUUGCUUGGUCUGAUGUCGUUACCAACCCAGGAGCAAUAUGAAGAAUUGAAAGAGAAAAGGAAACAAGAACUGGACAGAAAACUGCAGAUGGAGAGACAGGCAACACUUGAAACGCAGAGACGAUUGGAGGAGAAGCACAUGGACUAUGCUUCCAGAUCUUUGGUAGCAUUUAAUGGUGAGGUGUCCCGGCCAAAACGGGUUGCAGUAAAGAAAGCUGAAGGUUGGCUGCCCACUGCGAACUUAUCUCGCCAGCAGGAACUCACAGAUCCACUUCUGCAGCAAAUUGACAAUAUAACAUCCUUUAUUAAACAAGCCAAAGAAGCAAAUCGUCUCGAUGAGGUCCAGAUGUUGCAGGAAAACCUGCGACAACUUCAGGAUGAAUAUGAUCAACAGCAAACUGACAGAGCCAUUGAGCUUUCUAGAAGGCAAGCCGAGAUGGAGGAGAUGGAGAGAGAACAAUUGCAGAUCCUUUGUGAAAAGGAAUGGGAGAGGGAACAUAAAAAACGAAUGUCUCAGCACUCACGGACACGUUCCCUGGAUUUCAGAGAAGUGAAGCACAGUAAGUUAGAGAUUGGGAAGGAGAGCAUAAACCAAAUAGCACAGGCUUUGGACCUUGAUACUCCUCAGAAUACAAGUAACCCAGCCUCUAAAGCAUCUUCACCAUGUGGUGGUGACAAGCUCCAAGCGCAAGAGAGCCCAGUCUUUCCUGGGCAAUUUCUAGAGAUCCAAGAGCAUGACAGCGUAAUAGAGCAAAAUAGAAAUGUUCCCAUAAACCCUUUUGAAGAUGAGCCAGUAAUUAGCACUCUAAAGAGGGAACACGAUAAUCCAUUUGCUGAAGAUUCCUCCGCAGUGGCUUCCUUGCCCACCCAAACCUUGCACAGUGAUAAAAAAGAAUAUAACCCAUUUGAAGACGAGGAGGAUUGUCAUCAAGCAAAUGGAGUAGCUGUCAGUGCUCCGAAUCCCUUUAAAGAUGCUGUUGGAAAUCCAUUUUGUGUGCUCGCAGGUCGUCAGGAAUCUGGAAAUCCAUUUGAGGAAAUGUCUUCCUCCACGAAUCCUUUUGAAGAGGAUGAUGAUAAUGAAGUGUCAAGGGAAGACAUCAUAGAAGAGGAGCUACUGCUCCAACAGAUAGAUAAUAUAAAAGCUUAUAUUUUUGAUGCCAAACAUAGCGGGCGGAUGGAUGAGGUUGAGGUGCUAACGGAGAAUUUGAAAGAACUGAAACGCACACUAGCGAAACAGAAGGAGAAAUCCAGCUAGUUGCUGUUUCCGUGCACAUACAACUUUACAAUUCUCUGACUGUCCCAGAGGCAAAGGUGGGCAGGUGGAAUUAAAAUGUGAGAGGGAAUUUUGGGAUUGACUCUAAUUGUCUGCACUUUGGCGUGGGUAUUUCCACUAUUAUUCAGACUUUGCUAAUACUGUCCACACUAUUAUUAUUUUGUAAUAACCUAAAACUGUGUCACAGACCAUUUACAAAUCUAAAACGUAUCACAACCAGUUUUUAUCACAACCUAACCUCUUAACAUGGUCAUGCUUCUUGGCAUUCCUUUUAUUUCAGAUGUGAACUCUGUAGGCUAAUACGGAAACAGAUGCUUUAAGGUGCAGGAAAAUACAAUCCUUCCCUCUGUGUUUGGUUGUUGCAGUAUUACAGACUGGCCUUCUAAGCUGGCUUUUCCACUAAUAAGGGACCCAGACUGCCUGCUAAAUUCUGUGUCAAGCAUGAAAUAAGAUGGUGCCUUAGCAGAUGUGUGUUACUGCCAUAUAUGCUAAGGGCAAGUGUUAAAAAGCAGGUUGCUGAGAUGCAGUGACCUGCACAGUACCAAGGCCAAUGAUCUGACUGUGCAAUACAAAAGAUAAUAUAAAGGGAUUUUAAAGUAGAUUUGGGUAGAUGUGAUGUUAUAGACAUAAUAUCUGUUUUAGAAAAUGUAAACCCCAAUGAAUUUCUGUUCCCUCCAUCACCUGUUUUUCAGGGCUUUUAUUUUAUUUUAAUAGCUUCCUCUAGUGAACCCUGGGAACAGCACCUUUUGUUGAGGGUGCUGAGUUUUCUUGUUGCUUUCUCUAAGAAGUUGCAAUUCUCAAAAUUCCCUGGCUAGCGGAAAUGCUAUGACUGUUAAACCGAUAACUGCAGCAUAUGCAUGCAAAGUGGGGUGGGG